AUGAAUCAAGGUCAACAGAAUGUCAUUGGAGGAUGGAGAAAUCAGCCGAAUGCUGGAUGGGUAAAUCAAAAUUCUGGAGGGAGUCAAUUCCGCCGACCAUCCCAAAUGGGAUAUCAACAGCAGCAACAAUACUUUCCACCGCAGCCGAGCGUUCCACAACAAUACCCACAGCAGUACCAACCGUCCCCAAUGCAGCAAGGGAACUUUCAACCUCAACAAUUGCAGAAUGCGCAGCAGUUUCAAAAGCAAGUUCCACAGCAGAGGCCGUCUCUGGAGGAGACUAUGCAGUCCUUCAUGGUGAUCAGCAAGCAGAACAUGGAGAUGACUAAGCAAAAUUUUGAGUCUCAAUCCGCCACAAUAAAAAGACUUGAGACUACCGUGGGGCAAUUGUCGGGCACUUUGAACCAAAUUCAACAGCAGCAGCAGCCCGGGAAAUUUCAUGGCCAACCCCUACAAACUCACCAAGCUCAAACUGUCACUGUUCUUCGCAGUGCUCUGCAGAGUCCAGCUUUGCAGAAUUCAGUUAUGCCAAAUACAGCCUUGACGAAUUCAGACCUACAGAAUUCAGCACUGCAUGGUCCAGUCUUGCCAAGCCCAGCUCUGACCAAGCCAGCGCUGCCGAGCUCAGCUCCGACAAGCUCUUGCGAAGAAGAGAAAUCAGAGCAGCGAAGGCAGCCAAAAGACGGAGAGAUGGAGGAAGGAAAGGAAGAUAAACUUCACAAGUCUACUACACCUUAUCGACCUCCGAUCGCUUUUUCGAACAGAUUGAGGAAUGAAAAGCUGGAUAAACAAAAAGUCCCGGCGUACGUGAAGUUUUUCAAGGAGUUAGUCUCCAACAAGCGAAAGUUCGGGGACAAUGAGAAGAUUCUUGUCUCGGAACUUGCAAACUCGAUCAUACAACAGCCUCUGCCACCAAAGCAACGCGAUCCAGGUAGCUUCGUGAUUAAAAUUGCUUUAGGAAAUGGUAAGGAAGCUACGGGAAUGUUAGAUUUGGGUGCUGGAAUUAACCUAAUGCCUUACUCUAUUUUUAUACAAUUAGAGUUAGGUGAUUUGAAACCCACUCGCAUGUGUCUACAACUCGCCGAUAGGUCCGUUAGAUACCCAUGUGGGAUCAUAGAGGAUGUUUUGGUGAAUGUUGGGGGUUUGAUUAUUCUCGUAGAUUUUGUGGUUCUUGAAAUUGGGGAGGUGCAUGAAAAUGGUGUAGAGCACACACUACUGUUAGGAAGACCGUUUAUGGCAACCACUAACACCUUGAUUGACGUUAAGGAUGGAAAUAUUAAAAUGACUGUGUUAGGGGAGUCAGUGUCUUUCUCUGUACAUGAUAGUCGUGAAAUGUCGUCUGUAAAUUUUAUCAACGAAUGCUCAUUUAUAGAUCCUAUUGAUGGCUUGGUCGAGACGGUAUUUGUGCAGGAACAAGAGUGUGUGGAUGUUUUUGCAGGAUCGGCAGACUUGGAAGAGCUAGCUCGGGAAGCUGCAGAGUUCAGCUUUGCACUGCCCAGUUCUGGCCUGCCAGCUUUGCCGAGCUCCGCGCCGUCCAGCCCAGCUUUGCCGAGCUCAGCGCUGCCCUGCCAUACAAAGCUGCCAAUUGAUGAACAUGUGGGAGCCAGGAAGUCAGCGCUGGAACUAAAGGAACUCCCAGCCAAUCUUAAGUAUGUAUUCUUAGAAGAGAAAAAUGAGAAGCCGAGGUUCAGAUCGGUAGCGAUGUCCCAGAAUAAAGAAGGUGUGUUGCCAAAGGACGUGUUUGACCCUGGUGUAGCCCAGUCUAAGGAGAAUUUCAGAGGAGAGGGUCAUCGCAUGAAAUCCGAGUAUGGGCAGAUGAUUGUUUGUUUGGUGUUUUUCCUAAGUUUCGGUUGCUUUGCUGAUACUAUGAUGCUUGGUGUGCAUGUCUUGUUUACAGCGCUGCAAUUCUCAAUAUGCCGCUAG